GCAUCCGUUCGCAAAUGACGUCAUGCCAUGUAUUGCACUGUAAAGGGCGUGAAGGGGAAGGAAGGAAGUGGACGUCAUUGAUGGCGUCGAGACAAUGAGUUUGAACGCCAAUUACUCGGAUAUUCUUCGGCUGCGGUCUCAAGAGUUCUACUCAUCGGUGGCCGCCGUAGAUGUGGUGGGAAGUAGUCGUCGAGAAUCUCCGCAUUCGUGGCAACCGAUUCUUCGAUCGAAUUCUUCGUUAAGUUUGGAUCAAAACAAACGACAAAAUGAACUAAAAUUCGGUCGAAAUUCACCGAAAACUGGUCUUCGAUUAAACGACUUUCAGGAAUUAAGAGAAUGUCGUUUCGGAAAUACAGAAACCAUUCAAAGCGCUCCAAAACCGUCCAAAUCUUCGGCCAAUUUGAUGACAACAGUAUCACCAAAAAGGUCGCCAAUUGUGUCUUCAGAAACAAGAGCCAAAUCGAGAACUAUUUCGGGAAUUCACGGAUCGUUGUCUUUAAGUAACGAAAACUUGAAUCAAAAGAAACAAAAGAAAACCAAAUCUUUAUUUUUCGCCACAAAAACCAAAGAACGACGCGAACUCUCAGACGAAGAACUUAUGGCCGAAGAGACKGACCGAAGACGGCGUUUGAGACAACUCUUUAUUCAUUAUGACAUUCAUUCGGCGCUCGCUUUGGACCAAAUGUUUGUCGAGUCGUCGUCCCAGACGUCAGACGAACGACGCAUCGAAACGACGUCCGGUCCGUCGUCUUUGUCGUCGUCCAACUCAUGUGACUCUUUGUUAACAAAUGGGACGACAGAAGAACGACAAUCAAUGGACGAAACGGUCGAAGAAGAAAAUGAAAGCAAUUCUAACGCUUUGUUAUGUUUUUCAACGAAUUUUCGAAACGAAAUCGGAAAAGAAGUCGUAUUUUGUGUUCAAUUGAAUCGAGAAAAUUCUAAUGAAAAGACAAUUCCCGAUAAACGCCGUCCAACUCAUGUUCCCGCUCUCGCGCGCCAACUCUCGUGCCUUUCGUCGUUCGACAUGUCGGCCGACGCGUCUCAAUCGGCGCUCGUUUCGCCGCAACAGUCGGUUUGUGCGUUUGCUUCGGACUACGACUUUUCGCAAACGGUUCUCGAAGCGGACGACGGACAGACUUAUUACCGAAAAUACUUUUACGGCUUUUCUCAUCAAAAUUGGUUUCAAGUGUUGGAGCCGUCGUCCCGAACGACGACUCGAACGGCUAUAGCAUUGAGUUUACGAAAAGAUUCGAAAGAUUUGAAGAAACUUAGAGUUGUUUUAAGAACUUCUCUGUCUUUAAGAGCUCUCAAAGGAUUCGUAGAUUUGAAUCAAAUCCGUCCGAACGAAGACUCUGGUCUACGCGGUCUUCUCGACCUAUUGUUGCCUCGAGUUUGGACGCGAAGACCCGAUUUCCUGUCGGGUUUCCGUUUGGGCGCGGACGCCAAAGCCGACGAUCUUUUGCUAAAAUUCGACGAAUUAUUGGACAAUAAGUGCUUUAAAGUCGGAGUUUUGUACGCAAAAGACAUUCAAUCGUCUGAAGAAGACUUUUAUAACAAUCGCGACGUCCAGGACGACGACUUUCAAUGUUUUUUACGUUUAAUCGGACGACGCGUUCGUCUUAAAGGAUACACAGGUUUUAGAGGCGGUUUAGACGUCGCGACCGAUACGACCGGUUCUCACGCUUUUGCGACCACUUUUCGCGAUCGAGAAGUCGUUUUUCAUGUUUGCCAUGAAUUGCCUUUUUCGCCGACUAAUAGACAACAACUUCUUCGGAAACGCCAUAUUGGAAACGACAUUGUGACGAUUGUCUUCCAAUCGCGACACUUCAGAGGACCUCCUUUCCAGCCGACGGCCAUUCGUUCGCAUUUCCAACACGUGUUUGUUGUUGUCCGUCCCCAUGCCAACGGAUACCGAGUUGCCGUCGCCCGACACAAAGACGUCGCCCCAUUUGGACCUCCGCUUCGUUCUUGGUUUUCAACCGCAGAAAUCAGAGAUUUUUUGCUCACAAAAGUGCUGAACGCCGAGGGGGCGUGUCAUCGAUGUUCGAAAUUCCGUCAAAUGGCUUUACGGACGCGUCUCGAAUAUUUAACCGAUUUAUACGCCAAUUACUCGACGCCGACUCCCGUCCAUUCAUUCGGUCAACAAUCGGCACAAUUGACGGCUUUUUCCGUUAAUUUCAACAAAUAUUUUGCGCAAAUCUUCCCAAAGAAAGACAAACGAGAGAAAGAGCGCGACGUCCGGGACGACGACAAAAACAUUUUCCGCGAAAACGAACUCUUUUUUGGCGCAAAACUCUAUGAAUCAGUUGACGACGUCCGGGACGACGCACUUUCACGACGCGAUGCCAGAGUAGGAGUCAGUCGACUGCGUGUUCACUCGUUUCAGGAAAAACGCGAUUUGGCGCGUGCGAAGGUGUUGGUGUCGCAGCACGUGUUGGUCGUGUUGAGCGAACGACGCGCGGUCUUCGCGUGUUUAGUCGAACAAAUAAUCGGAUUUCUAUUGACUUCUUCGCCUCAAAGAGAUGGACUGGAAGUUCAACUCAAGAUUUACUUCCAUUUCGGAGAACUUCUUCUUCUAAGAGAACAUUUGGCGGACGACGGACUCGACUCGGAAUCACGUGACGCGAAUGUAGAGAAGAAUUCAUUGCUUUUUGAAUUGAAAACCGAUUUAAUGACAAGAGUUAGAGAACAACGACCGCGAGAGGGAUCUCUUCGCAUGAGACAAAUGAAGGAAGUGGUUCUCAGGAGGAAUACGCGGUCGUCCGACGCGUCGUUCGGGUUUCACGUUCAGCACAAAACUCUCAGUUCGUCGCAAAAUGUCUGCGUUUACGUCACGGACGCCAACGAACACGCGUCACGUGUGAACGAACUUCGCCCAGGACAACGUCUUCUCGAAUUAUGUCAAAUGUCUUUACAAACACUUUCUUAUCAAGAAGUUCUUGACUUUCUUCGAACUUCUCAAACAGUAUCCGUCGCUCUCGUGCAGCCAUUAGCCGACGGCUCUCCCCGAACCAGCGGUUGUUUGGCCUCAAAGUGCGUCGCAAGUCUGCAAAAGCCGUCGUCUUCGCCGCAAACGGACAACGAUUACGAGAAUAUCACGACGUCUACCGGGACGACGACCGGACGACACAUGCAGACGACACCCGAAAGACGCGAUAACGAGAGUCCUGUUGUGCGACGUCUCGAACGUCAGACGGAAAGAACGCCACCAAAGACAAGGAGUCCGCACCACUCGAGUGCCUACGCGAGACCACAGAUCUCUUCGCCGACGCAUACGAGUCAUAGUCAGCGUCCGCUUCAUCUGAAAACAUCGCAAAACCAUUUCAUAAAUCAAAACCAAAUGUCGUCUCAAUCGUCGACCACUUCUUCUACAUUUCAAGAGGACCUCAUAAAACUGAUUACUCUCAAUGACGCGGACGACGACCCGUCAACUGAUCCCACAGUCGAACAUACGGAUAGCCAUUCGUCGUCCCGAUACUCGACCGCCACUUCAACACCGUAUUCAUCGCUGGAGAGGCGGUCGUCGUCCGACAGACAAUUGAGUGACGAUUGCGUCGUUACGAUAGCAAAACCCGCGUUUGUCGUGAAUCCACCGGUUUUCGCGCGACGACUCAUAGACGACGCAAUCAACUCGAAUGUGACGUCCGGGACGACGACGACGACGUCAGUGACAGACGAACGCGAGCUUCAAGAACAGGUGAAAGAGUUAUCGAAAGAAAAGCAAAGAUUGAAUGAAACGAUUCGUCAAUUGAAAGAAGAAAACCAAAGAUUGCAUUUCGAAAGUCAAACGGCGUCUCAACAGUUGAGGAAAUUUACCGAAUGGUUCUUCAGUUCGGCAAAUGAGACGACAGACGAGCGACGCAAAGACGACGACUCCCUCUCGUGA